UAGGGCAACUUGGUUGUCAUCAGAGUUGCUCUUUGUCGCCUGACAGUUUAAGGCUGUUAUCAUGUGGUAUGAAAUUCUGCCUAGCUUCGCCAUCAUGACCGCGUGUCUGAUCAUCCCUGGCGUCGCCACCGCACAGAUCCACAAGUUUACCAACGGAGGGAAGGAAAAGAGAAUCGCUCGGGCUCCGUGGCAAUGGUACCUGAUGGAGAGAGACAAGCGAGUGUCAGGAACAGGACAGUACUUUGACUCCAAGGGACUUGAGAACAUCCACUGAUGACGAGGAAAAUGAAGACCCCGAUCAGAAGAAAGUUUUUCGUUGUACGUCAAAUAAAUUACAUUUAACAUUCAGUUGUUUGUUUGUUUUCAGUCUUUUAAGGCUGUUGUCCUUGUUAUCAAUUAAAACUAUUCCAUACUGGAAA